CCCCGCCCCGGGCUGACUUCGCUGCUCCGCGCUCCCUCACUGCGCCACCGGGGCCAGGGGGCUGCCGCCGGCGGGAUGGAGCUCUGGUUGGGGAUGGUCGUUCAAAAGCUGUUCCUUUGGGGCGCGGCGAGUGCAGUCUCCCUGGCCGGCGCCACGCUGCUGCUCAACAUCCUGCAGAUGUUGGCCAGCUACGCGCGGAAGUGGCAGCAGAUGAAGCCCAUCCCCUCGGUGGCCCGCGCCUACCCCUUGGUGGGACACGCGCUGCUGAUGAAGCCGAACUCCACAGAGUUCUUUCAGCAGUUAAUUACUUAUACCGAAGAGUUCCGACACAUGCCACUGCUGAAAAUCUGGGUUGGGCCAGUGCCAAUGGUGGCCCUUUAUCAUGCAGAAACUGUAGAGGUAAUUUUGACUAGCUCAAAGCAAAUUGACAAAUCCUAUGUGUACAAAUUCAUAGAGCCAUGGCUUGGUUUAGGACUACUUACAAGUACUGGAAUGAAAUGGCGCUCCAGGAGGAAAAUGUUGACACCCACUUUCCAUUUUACAAUUCUGGAGGAUUUCUUAGAUGUCAUGAAUGAACAAGCAAAUGUGUUGGUUAAUAAGCUUGAAAAACAUGUUGACCAAGAGGCAUUUAACUGCUUUUUUUAUAUCACUCUUUGCGUCUUGGAUAUAAUCUGUGAAACAGCUAUGGGGAAGAGUGUUGGUGCUCAAAGCAAUGAGGAUUCCAACUAUGUCCGUGCAGUUUAUAGGAUGAGUGAUAAGAUUUUUCGAAGAAUGAAGAUGCCCUGGCUUUGGCUUGACCUUUGGUACCUUAUGUUUAAAGAAGGACGUGAACACAGAAGAGAUCUAAAGAUUCUACACACUUUUACCAAAAAUGUCAUCGCUGAUCGAGCCAAUGAAAUAAAGACAAAUGAAGAAAGUAAAGGUGCUAACACAGGUUCUGGCUCCUCCAAAAGAAAAGGCCUGGCUUUUCUUGACUUGCUUUUAAAUGUGACUGAUGAUGAAGGCAACAAGCUAAGUCAUGAAGAGAUUCGAGAAGAAGUGGACACCUUCAUGUUUGAGGGCCAUGAUACAACUGCAGCUGCAAUAAACUGGACCUUAUACCUGUUGGGUUCCUAUCCAGAAAUCCAGAGAAAAGUGGACAAUGAACUAGAUGAAGUAUUUGGGAAAUCUGAUCGUCCUGUGACCGUGGAAGACCUGAAAAAACUUAAAUAUCUAGACUGUGUCAUUAAGGAGACCCUUCGCAUUUUUCCUCCUGUUCCUUUAUUUGCCCGUUGUCUCAAUGAAGACUGUGAAGUGGCUGGAUACAAAAUUGUGAAGGGCACUCAAGCCGUCAUCCUUCCCUAUGCCUUGCAUAGAGAUCCAAGGUACUUCCCCAAUCCAGAAGAAUUCCAACCAGAGCGGUUCUUUCCAGAGAACAUGCAAGGACGCCAUCCCUACUCCUAUGUGCCCUUCUCUGCUGGACCCAGAAACUGUAUAGGUCAAAAGUUUGCUGUGAUGGAGGAAAAAACCAUUCUUUCCUAUAUCCUGAGACGGUUUUGGGUAGAAUCCAACCAAAAAAGAGAAGAACUUGGCCUCUCUGGAGAGUUGAUUCUUCGACCAAAUAAUGGCAUUUGGAUCACACUGGAGAGGAGAAAUGCAAACGGAGCCAAACUGUGUACUCCAGCUCCGCCUUGAUCGUGAAAACGAUCUUGGGAGAAGAAAAAUUUGAAAUUUGUGAUUUAUAAAUCAUGAGUUCAGUAUUCUGAAUCACCAGGCCUAAUACUUCGUUGCUCCACUGAUCUUGGGAUCCAGUCUAUGAAUCAGAGAGUCUUAUUCUUAUGACCACCAUAGAUGCUACAUUAAACCUAGGCUUGGCCUCAGAGGUCCAGGUAGCCGAGCUGGGACCAAAAUAAACCUGUUAACAAGUUUCUCAAGAGAUGGUUCUUCAGGCCAUGUCAAUGUCAUUUGAUAAACUCAAAGAAUAUAGUUUAAUUGAAGCUUCAGAAUAUUUUACAGUUAUUAUGGUUGACUUGCGAAUAUAUAUAAGGGGUGAUCAAAAUGUACAGUGACUAUUUA